AGAUAAACCGUGUUCAGCCCGUUCAGCAGACACGAUUUUCACCACUAAGCGCUACGUAUCACUCAACCGCUUUGCAACUGUUGGGAUCUGCUGAACGCGCCCAUUAUCCAUUAUUAACACUUUUCGGGAAACUGUCGCCUAACCACACUAUUUGCUUUACGUUUUCGUACUAAUCAUCAUAAAACUAAAAUCAAAAUAGUGUUGGGAAAAAUUGGAUUAUCAUUGGAUUGGGAAAAUCAUUGAAUCAAUAUUGAGAGAGAGAGAGAGAGAGAGAGAGAGAGAGAGAGAGAGAAAGAAAGAGAGAAAUCAUAAAACAAGGUUAAAUUAGAUUACCGACUCCAAUAUUAUUUUGUGAGUAAAUUUUUAUAAAAGAUAUGUGGGCAAAAUAUGGAUAAACACACAUGUGCUAUCGUUACGAAUGGUAAUCAUACGGAUAUCGUUUUAAUAACGUAUAGCAAUCGAACACUGUUAAUUGUAACGCAAUUUAAAAAAUUUGGGACAUUUUUGACAAUAAAUCGUGAGCCAUCUGUAAGAAAUUCACUUUUGGAUAUUCACGACGUAUAUAUGACAAAAACGCACUUUGGCACUGAUUCCGAUGAAGUUCACAUAGCUGCCAACUACAUAGCAGAUCAUAUUGACAUUAACAGAUCAUUCCUAUUGUCAAUAGCAUUAAAGGAUUAUAGCAUAGUGACUCUGAGAGAUAUUGCUAAUGCUAUAAAACAGAUAAAACCGUGGUAGUGUAAAAUUUACUGCAGCACCAUGAGCUUAAUUUUUGGUCAACUGGUUAUUGGUCCACCUGGCAGUGGAAAAACAACAUAUUGCAAUGCAAUGUCCAAAUUUUUGGAAUCUAUCGGCAGGAAAGUAGCUGUUAUUAAUAUCGAUCCAGCAAAUGAAAACAUGGAGUAUACUCCAACUGUAGAUAUUUCUGAGUUAAUCAAACAUGAAGAAGUCAUGACACAUUUUGGUCUUGGACCAAAUGGGGCCUUAGUUUACUGUAUGGAAUUUCUAGAAACCAACGUACAAUGGCUGAUUACCAAAAUUUUAAAUUUAAAAGAUCAUUAUCUCAUUUUUGACUGUCCAGGCCAAGUGGAAUUAUACACACAUCACAAAUCUGUGAGCCAGAUAGCAGAAAAAUUGAAUCAGAAUUUAGUAAGAUUGUGUAGCGUACAUCUUAUAGAUUCUCACCAUUGCAGUGAUCCUGGAAAAUAUUUAUCCUCCCUGGUUGUUUGUACAACAACAAUGUUGCAGAUAGGUUUACCUCAUGUAAAUGUUAUGACAAAGUUCGACGAAGUGAAAAAAUUCAGCGAUUGCCUAGCAUUUAAUAUAGAUUUUUAUACAGAAGUACUAGACUUAAACUAUCUCUUGGAGAAAUUGGACGAAGAUCCCUUCACUGCAAAAUACAAGAAACUGAAUGCAGCAUUAGUGUCAAUAAUUGAAGAUUAUAGUCUUGUUAGUUUUAUACCAUUAGACGUUUCCAAUAAAGCGCUGCUGUUGAAAGUGAAAAACGCUGUAGAUAAAGCCAAUGGAUAUAUCUUCGGUGGUAACGAGCCGCAAAAUGUUCAAAUGCUACUCGCGGGGGCCGUCAGUGAAACCGAGAAGAUGUCGACAUUAGAUACAUAUUUAUGAAAACAUUUUUUCCCAAUUCUAAUUAAUUUCACAUAACUCUAAUACAUACAUUACAUUUUUUCAUUAUAUAAGAAUAAUUUGACGCAAUCUUUAUUAUACUUAUAAAUAAUAAAUGCUGAUGAGAACGUU